UCAACCUCUGCAGCUGAUUUUGGGAAGAAAAAAAAAUCGGCAAGAGAAACAAGGAUAUUCUGGGACUCCUGGACGCAGCAGGAUCUGUUUGUAAAUAAAGUCCAACCGGAAGUAACCGAACACAUCCGCCGGAGAACAAUGGAGCCGCCACCGCCGGGCGGAAUGGCGUCCGCCGGUCCGACGCACAAGUUCCAUCCGUGCGAUGAGGCAGUGAUAGCCACCAACGACGAUGCCAGCGAUUGCAAGCGGUGCGCGGUGCGCCUGGGCUACUGGAAGGACGACUACAUCGGGUACUUUGUACGCAACCAGGAGCGCAAGGCGCCGGAGAUCAAUCGCGGCUACUUCGCCCGCGUCAAGGGCGUCGAGAUGUGCGUCGAGAAGUUUCUAAAGAAAACCUCGGGCAACUGCCAGAUCAUUAAUUUGGGCUGCGGUUUCGACACACUCUACUUUCGGCUCAGGGACACCGCCCACCAGGUGAAGAACUUCAUCGAGCUGGACUUCCCCACUGUCACCGCCCGCAAGUGCUACACAAUCAAGCGGAACAAGGCGCUCCUGGCCAAGAUUCACGACGAGGACGGCGAGGUGCGGCUUAGUCCGACGGAUCUCCAUGGGCCCAGCUAUCAUCUGAUGGGCGUCGACCUGCGUAACCUCGACGACGUGGACAAUAAGCUGCAGCAGGCCGAAGUGGACUACUCUCUACCCACCAUUUUCCUUGCCGAGUGCGUGCUCGUCUACAUCGAAGCGCAGAAUUGCCGCAAUUUGCUGAAGUGGAUUGCGCAAAAGUUCCAGGCCGCCGUCUUCGUUAACUAUGAGCAGGUUAACAUGAACGACCGGUUCGGCGAUGUGAUGCUGAACAAUCUGCGCGGACGCGGCUGUAGUCUGGCUGGCGUGGAGUCCUGCCUGUCGCUGGACACCCAGAGAAACCGCUUUAAGGACAGCGGGUGGACUGGCGCCCGUGCCUGGGACAUGGUGCAGGUGUACGAGAGCAUCUCGGCGGCCGAGAGGCAGCGCAUCGAGCGACUGGAGAUGCUCGACGAGGGUGAACUUCUGCUGCAGCUCUUCCAGCACUACUGCCUGGUGGUCGCCUGGCUGGGUGUGGCCUUCCAGGACAUAGAUAUCACGUGCGUGCCAGUGGUUGAGGAGUUAAUGUCCUCGCUGAAUAUUGACUAGGAGCGAUCAGGGAGGGAUGAAUAACGAACCAGCCAACGUGGACACACGAUUUAUUGACUCUUUGCCUGGCUCGGCAGGCCCUGCCAAAAGAUUUUGCUUCUCAACGUGUUAACCUAAACAAAUAAUUAUACAAAACCAUCGAAAUCAAAACGUAUAUAAAUCUUUAUCCCACAACAUACCCACUCACACAUUGCUUAAUUCGUUAAUUUUUAAUUGUUCCUUAUUCAUUUCAUUUUCCUCUUGUUAUAAUUAUUUUAUAAUCGCUUUUUUUCGUCGCUCACUAAUUUAUCAUUGAAUCGUGACACAGACUAUUGAUAAGUAAUCGAUAGGCCACCCAUUUAUUCCCUAAUUCUAAUGUGCGUCAAAAGUGUAAAUGUGCUUUGAACUUAAUUAAAACGAAACAUUAAUUGGAAAACUAAUAAA